GCUCGAGUCCUUCAAAAGAGGGACUCGAGCAUUAGACAGACAUUUCCGAGGGGCUCCUGUGCAGGACGUCUGCUGAUCCACUGGCAGUGUUUUGGUGAGAAGUCUUCAGUCAGCUUCAUUCAAACAGAUUGUGAAUCUGUUUUAAAUCACUCACAAUGAAGGUGUUGUGGAUUUCUUGCCUGCUGAUUGGAAGCAUAACCUGUUAUCCCCGGUCAUCCUCUAAAGGCUAUGGAGCAGACGAUGCUGUCCGGCCAGCCGGAAUCUCCAUGUUGCAGCCUGGCCUUUCAGGCCCUGGGUAUUGGUACAGAGGAAGUGGGGUGAGUUCUGGCCAGGACCACAGCUUCCAACCACCCAGUCUGACAUACCCUAGCUAUGGGAAAAACACAAAGCUCCCUACCCCACAAAAGCAGACUGAGAAGCUGAGUUCCAGUGGGUCUUCCAGUGUCAACUUUGGGUCUCUGUCUCCCGGCUUUUCUGUCUCGUCUGGCAGUAGCUCUGUCAAUUAUCACGGUGAAAUUAACAGCGCUCCCUCCCCUGCGUAUCAACCCAGCAGCUACCUAGCCAGCUUGGACACCCACCACACCAGUGGUGGACUUGCUAAUGCAGAGGAGGGUGAUUCUGACAGUGGGUAUGGCUUCAAUCCAUCCAGUUCCAAUGUUUACAGUAUAAAUGUGGGUAAUAGUGAUUUUGACAGUGGCUAUGGCAACCCUGAUGCUAGUGAGCACAGCCUUUCCUCUACUGGUGCAGAGCAUGCAGUUUAUGUUGCCUCUCCAGGUGAUUGGUAUGAGGAGGCUGACACCAGUGCUCCAGUUGGUAGCUAUGAUCCUGGCUACGAUGGCUCUUAUGGUUAUGUAGACAACAGUGCUGCAGAAGGGGCUUAUGAAGGCUCUCCGGAUGAAGAUGGCAGCUAUGGCAUUGGUGGGGGGACCGGUGAAGAGAGCCUUGAGCCAGUCUUCAGUGACACGUCAGACCUCCAGCCACUCUUUUCCGUCAGCUCUCGUUCAAGCUACCAGCGAGGAAGAACGGUCUUCUCUCAAACCCGCUACACCCCAGGAGAGUUCCAGCCUCCAGUCAGGCCCCUGUCCAAAGGCACUGUCAGCCAAGCUGCUCCUGCACCAAGAAAGCCUGCUAAAGCACCAGUGAAAGGUGGCUUCUGAGACUAAAGUGGACUGACUCAGCAUCUGCAGUCCCUUGCCAAGUUCACUGCCUGUGCCUUGCAGAUUUAUGGUGCCAAUGUUCUCUACUGUGUGACAACAUGACCAAUAAACUGUAGAAGCAAA